UCAAUCGUUUAUCCCCCCUCGUCGUUCUCGCGCCGAAGCAUUGGGUUGUCCGAAGUUGUCAUUGUCGUCGCUGUCGUUGUUGCUCGCCUUCGUUGCCGUGGUUUCGCGCUUGCGUUCGUUAAUUGCAAGUUCUUGGCUUCCAUCAAUGGUCGUACCCCCGCCCUUCAAGAAUCCGAAUGGUCUUCUUCCCCGUUGCUUGGUUCGGCGGUACAGUUGGUUUUUGUGUAUCCCCCCCUUCCUUUGGUUCGCUAGUAACCCCUCCACCCUGCUUGUCUGCGAUACAUCGACACUGGAUACCUCGCCUUUUUCCUUCAUUGCUUGCUUCUUCUAUCAUGAGCUUCUCCCCCCCUUUCCCCUUGCUUGAUUUGUUACUCCACACCCACCGUCCCCGUACCGCACCCGAGUUAAUCAAUGUGCGGACAAAAUGUUACUUUUUUUUUUGAUUAGUCUUGCCUCAAAAAACGCCGGAUUACAUGCGUAUCUGGAGUUGUAUCAUAAAACGCACUUCCCCU